CGCAAGACUAACCACAUAAUCGACAGUUAUUUUCAUUAAAAUUGUUUCUUUUCUAUUACCCUUCCUACCUACCAAUGGUAUGAUGAAUAAAUUGAAAAUAUUCAUCGCGUUGAGUUUUAUUCAUUUCACUUCUACGGUGACCGUGGUGGGAAGCGUUCUAAAAUCUAAGCCUUCCGCAGUUUCUUGUCGAGCUUUACCGAACGAAGAAUACGCAUUGGAUCCAUACCGUUGCCAAGAGACUUGUGAUAAGUAUGGUGAUCCGAGUUGUCCCGAUUACGCUCCAGAUGGUGACUGUUAUUGUAGAACUGGAUACCUACGACUGGAAGCUGACGGGAAAUGUGUGCCGAUGGCUAGUCCAGAAUGUAGAGCAAAAAUGCCUCCAACCAAAGAAAUGUGUGUCAACCGGAAUGAAGAAUUUCGAGAGUAUUUGUACGAUGAACCAUGUCCAAACACAUGCGAUAACGUUAAGGUGCCUUGCCACUUCCAACCACCCAAUGUGAUGGUAUGGAGUCCGCAUUGUGUGUGCAAAGAUGGAUAUUCCAGAUUACCGAACGGGAAUUGCGUACCCACAAGUGAACCAGAGUGCGAGGAGUUGUGGCAACCGUCAGUAGAGCAAUGUAAACGGAGGGGGAAUGAAAUUUUUGAUUGGCGGUCGGCUUGUCAAACAACUUGCGAAGAGAUCAUAACCAAUGAACAAGUAAGGUGUACGUCGGAUGUAGUCAUAGAUUGUUUUUGUCCGGAUGGAUUGGUACGUCUCGUUAAGGAUGGUGAAUGUGUUGAUGUAGACGAAUGUUUCCCAGUUAAGAUAAGACAGAGAUCCAUAAGAGGUAUAUUCUUACCGGGCCGUUCCUUUCAAUAAAAUAUACCAGCCAUUCUAACUAAUAAGAAAAUUUAUUUAAC